AGAAUGGUGGGUUGCUAGGCAGCUGAGUACAAGCAUAAAUCAGCCAUGGCGUUUCUGGUUUACAAUAAGCUUGUGCUCUUCGCCUCUGUGCUUCUUCUCGGUAACACGGCUUACGCUUCUUAUGCUCGGUCCAAGUACGACACUGCAUUGUUCAACCGGAGUAGCUUCCCCUCUGGUUUCCUCUUUGGGACGGCCUCUUCGGCAUACCAGUAUGAAGGUGCAGCCAAAGUAGAUGGCAGGGGUCCAAGCAUUUGGGAUACUUUCACCCACAAAUAUCCAGAAAAAAUAGCGGAUGGUAGCAACGGAGAUGUGGCUAUAGACCAAUACCACAAAUACAAGGAAGAUGUUGGGAUAAUGAAGGAGAUGGGUUUGGAUGCUUACAGAUUGUCAAUCUCGUGGCCUAGGAUAUUACCCAAAGGAACGGUCGAGGGAGGAAUCAACAGAGCAGGCAUUGCAUACUACAACCACCUCAUUGAUGAACUCCUAGCCCAUGGAAUCAAGCCAUUCGUAACGAUUUUUCACUGGGACGUUCCCCAAACAUUAGAAGACGAGUAUGGUGGUUUCUUGAGCUCCAAGAUUGUGGGCCAUUUUCAGGACUUCGCUGAUGUAUGUUUCAAGGAGUUUGGUGACCGGGUCAAGCAUUGGAUAACCCUAAACGAGCCAUGGACUUUCUGUGAUGGAGGCUAUGUGCUUGGGAGUCUAGCUCCCGGCCGAUGUUCGGCUUGGCAGCAGCUAAACUGCACCGGCGGCAAUUCUGCCACGGAACCGUACAUAGUCGGCCACAAUCUACUUUUGGCUCAUGCGGCUGCCGUGAAAUUGUAUAGGGAUAAGUAUAAGGCAUCUCAAAAGGGGGUGAUCGGAAUUACAUUGGUAACUCACUGGUUCGUGCCCUACUCAGACGCCAAGCACAACCUCAAUGCAGCCCAAAGAGCCUUGGACUUCAUGCUCGGAUGGUCCUUGGACCCGAUAACCUACGGUGACUACCCGCACAGCAUGCGAUCUCUCGUCGGAAAUAGGCUGCCGAAGUUUACUGAGGAGCAGUCGCUCUCGUUGAAAGGGUCGUACGAUUUCCUCGGGUUGAACUACUACACCGCCUUCUACGCGGCAUACGCGCCUUACUCCGUGAACGCUCAAAACAUGAGCUACGUAACAGAUGCUCUCACCAAUCUCACGAGCGACCGUAACGGGAUACCAAUUGGCCCAGUGGCUGCUUCAAGUUGGUUAUCGGUUUAUCCAAGUGGGAUACGAAGUUUGCUACUAUAUGUUAAGAAUAAGUACAAAAACCCACUCAUCUACAUCACUGAGAACGGAAUUGAUGAAUUCAACAACUCUACACUACCCUUGGAGCAGCAACUAGCUGAUCCUAUGAGAAUAGAUUAUUACUAUCGCCAUCUCCAGUACCUUCUGAAGGCAAUCAAGGACGGAGUGAACGUGAAGGGUUACUUCGCAUGGUCGUUGUUGGACAACUUCGAGUGGGGCUCGGGCUACACUGUUCGUUUUGGGAUCAACUACGUGGAUUACAAAAACGGAUUGAAGAGAUAUCCCAAGCACUCGUCAAUUUGGUUCAAGAGCUUUCUCAAAAAGCAUUAAAGACCCGUGUUCAAUUCUCAUCGCCAGGUCCUGUGGGAAUUGCAUCCAUUGAAUAAGCGGAUUUGCUCUAAAUCCCAUCUUCAUUUGAUUGCUUCCUAAGGCUAUUUGCUUGAGAGUGCCGUCUGAAAUACGGUGAUCAAGUCGAUUGAAUAAAGAAAGGAAAAAUCGUUUUGCGCAUGAUGCUAGAUAUCUUAUUAAAGUUGUAGAAUGAACUUUCUCGUGACA